AUGGCUAACCGGGGCUCUACCCCUCAUAGGGAAUCGAGUAAUGCGAAUCUGAGCAUGGCCAACAUGAGCUACGUUACAGCAUCCCCAGCAGCCACAACGGGAGGCCAGGGAAAUAACCCAAUGGCGACCACAUUAACUGACGACAAACAUCCUCAAUUACAGCCCGUUUGCCAGAACUGCGGCACUUCUACCACCCCUCUCUGGCGUCGUGACGAGGUCGGCUCUGUCCUCUGCAACGCUUGCGGCUUGUUCCUCAAGCUGCACGGGCGGCCUCGACCGAUAAGCCUGAAGACCGAUGUAAUCAAGAGUCGCAACCGCGUGAAGACCGGCCAGGGACCCAAGCGGAAGUCUGGCGGCCCCAUCGAUGCCAACGGUCUCCCCAAUCCGACGCCAGUACACCUCCUCUCGGUGGCCAUGGCUAUCAUGUCCCCGGGUCACUCGGAUCGCUCGAACUCCCCCUUGUCGCGCACCGAUACCCCGGGCUUGGGCAUGACACACAACUCCAACAUUGCGCCUCAGCAUAUGUUUGAUAGCGUCACACGUGGCGAUGGUGCUCUGGCCUCUUCUGGAAACCUUCCCUCCUUUCCUCUACGCCAGCCCUCUCCAGACCGCCAGCUCGACUCUCCCCAGACAUUCGAGAGCCUUCUCGCUCUCAAUACCUCUCUCAAGACCCGUGUGAGCGAACUUGACCUCAUCAACGAGUUGUUCCGGGGUCGCGUCACCGAGCUGGAGCAGAGUGAUGCUAGCGCGCGUCGUUCCGAGAUGAUCGCGCGCGAUUCCGAGGCCCGUCUGCGCCGGUCUCUGGAGGAGUCCCAGCGCCGUGAGGAAGAACUAAAGCGCCGCGUCAGUGAACUAGAACGCCAGAUCGGUAAUAGCGAGGGAGAUAUCUCCGAGCCUUCGGCCAAGCGCAUUCGCCUUUCGGACGUUGUAGAAACCGGCGAGGACUCGCAAUCGCAAGCCAAGUCACCUAAGAGCACUUAG